UAACCUAGAGAGAGAAAGAGUAGAUGUUGUUUAUUCUAACCUUAAACUUAAACGUUCAAAAUUCAAUAAUUUCAAGGAAUACAUUUCACAACAGAUAUUGAUAUUCAUCUGCAAAAAUGAGGCUGAGCGUAGACGGCCUAAUUGUAUAUUUCCCUUAUGACUACAUUUAUCCCGAGCAAUACUCGUAUAUGUGUGAGUUAAAAAAAGCUCUAGAUGCCAAGGGCCACUGUUUAUUGGAAAUGCCUUCAGGGACAGGAAAGACAGUCACACUAUUGGCUCUUAUAGUGGCUUAUAUGAGGGAAAAUCCUCACGAAGUGAGGAAACUCAUUUACUGUUCGAGAACUGUACCUGAAAUCGAGAAAGUCAUGGAGGAAUUGAAGAAACUUUUACUCUAUUAUGAAAAACUAGACGGUCAGUAUCCUAAUUUCUCCGGACUUGUUCUGUCGUCGCGAAAGAAUCUUUGCAUACAUCCCCAAGUCAGUUCGGAGAGGGAAGGAAAAAUCGUGGAUGGAAAAUGCCAUUCUCUGACUGCGAGUUAUAUUAGAGAAAGACACAGCCAUGAUGACAGUACUCCUAUAUGUCAGUUCUACGAAGGAUUUUCUUUGGACGGGAAGGAAUCUACUUUACCCCAUGGCGUAUACAGUUUGGAAGACUUGAAACAGUUCGGUAGAGACAGGAAUUGGUGUCCAUAUUUCCUAGCACGAUUUGCCAUUACAUACGCCAAUAUCGUUGUCUACAGCUACCACUACCUCUUGGAUCCAAAGAUAGCUGAUGUGGUGUCUAAGGAAUUGGCCAAGGAGGCUAUCGUAGUGUUUGACGAAGCUCAUAACAUAGACAACGUCUGCAUUGAUUCUAUGAGUGUUAAAAUUCAUAAAAGAACUAUUGAAAAAGCUUCUGCAAAUAUCCAGCUGUUGGAAAAAACAGUUGCUGAAAUGAGGGAAGACGACCACAAAAAACUCCAGGAGGAAUAUCAGAGGCUAGUUCAAGGACUGAGAGAUGCAAGCUUAGCCAGAGAAACUGAUGUAAUACUUUCCAAUCCUGUUCUACCUGAAGAAAUUCUCCAAGAAGCUGUUCCCGGUAACAUAAGGAAUGCAGAGCACUUCAUAAGUUUUCUGAAAUGUUUUGUAGAGUAUAUAAAAACACGGUUAAGGGUGCAACAUGUGGUGCAAGAAUCCCCAAUAGGGUUUUUGAAGGAUGUGCAGGCCAAAGUGUGUAUAGAGCGUAAGCCGCUGAGGUUUUGUGCUGAGAGACUGGCUUCAUUGCUGAGAACACUUGAAAUUUCAGAUCUGACCGACUUUAGUCCUAUUAUUCUCAUAACACACCUGGCUACUUUGGUAUCCACUUACACCAAGGGGUUCACCAUAAUAAUAGAGCCUUUCGAUGAUAAAACCCCCACCGUUUCCAAUCCCAUUUUUUAUUUCAGCUGCUUGGACUGCUCGAUAGCAAUCAAACCUGUGUUCGAUAGGUUUCAGACAGUAGUGAUAACUUCUGGGACACUGUCACCCUUAGAUAUGUACCCAAAAAUCCUCAACUUCCAUCCAGUCAUCAUGACUUCCUUUACCAUGACCCUGGCAAGGCCUUGUCUACUUCCUAUGAUCGUCUCGAAAGGCAACGAUCAAGUAGCUAUAUCUUCCAAAUUCGAAACCAGAGACGAUAACGCUGUGAUACGUAACUACGGUCAACUUCUCGUUGAAGUAGCAGCCAACGUACCAGAUGGAAUAGUUUGUUUUUUCACUUCCUACAUGUACCUUGAGUCUGUUGUGGCAAGUUGGUAUGAUCAAGGGGUCAUCGAUAGUUUACAGAGGUAUAAGCUGCUCUUCAUAGAAACCCAGGAUUCAGCAGAAACUAGUUUUGCCUUGAUGUACUACAUCAAAGCCUGCGAGUCAGGGCGAGGCGCAGUUCUGUUAUCUGUAGCUAGAGGCAAAGUAUCAGAGGGGGUAGAUUUCGAUCAUCAUCUAGGCAGAGCCGUUUUGAUGUUUGGUAUUCCUUACGUUUACACCCAGUCGAGGAUAUUGAAGGCUAGAUUAGACUAUUUACGAGAUCAAUUCCAGAUUCGUGAGAACGACUUUUUAACCUUCGAUGCUUUGAGACAUGCUUCGCAAUGCGUAGGGAGAGCCAUCAGAGGGAAAACUGACUAUGGUAUCAUGAUUUUUGCAGAUAAACGGUUUUCUAGGGCAGACAAGAGAACCAAAUUGCCCAAAUGGAUCCAAGAACAUUUGAAGGACUCUUACUGUAACUUAUCCACAGAAGAAGCCAUACAAUUGGCAAAGAGAUGGCUCAGACAAAUGGCUCAGCCUUUUACGAGGGAGGACCAGUUGGGGGUUUCUUUGCUCACACUGGAACAGCUCCAAGAAUUGGAAGCAAAGAAAAGAGAUGAACAAUCUAAAGCAGACUAGUUCAAUUAGCUUAGUUGAUUUAGAAUAGCUGAUGUUUUUUACUGUUGACAGUCCAAUUCUAGUAAUAAACUUUUUACUAUUCA